CAUGGGAGAAAGACCUGGCGAUCUGCUCCCAUAAAGAUUACAGCCUAGGAAACCCUAUGGGACAGUUCUACUCUGUCCUACAGGGUUGCUAUGAGUUGGAAUCGGCCCGACGGCAAUGGGUGUAGAGAGUUAAGCGUGUAACUGUAGAGCAGGCAGACAGGGUAGUAUGUGACUGCAUGCAGAGUACAACUCCUUUUUCCUUUAUUAAUAAGACACAACCCUUUGUCGCGAUAGGUGUCACCAAACAGGAUAUCCGUGAAAAAAUUUGGGACUACAUGGAAUCACAAAACCUAGCUGAUUUUCCCCGACCAGUUCAUCACAGAAUCCCUAACUUCAAGGGGUCUUAUCUGGCUUGCCAGAACAUCAAAGAGCUAGAAACUUUUGCCAGGACGUGGAACAUUAAAGUGGGCCCUGAUAAACCGCUGGAAGGUGUUCGGCUGCUGGCAUUGCAGAGCCACAAGACAUUAUUAGUUCCAACACCACGAUUGAGAACGGGAUUGUUCAAUAAGAUCAUACCACCUCCUGGGGCAACGAAAGACAUCUUGAGAAAAUGUGCCACCUCUCAGGGUGUGAGGAACUACAGUGUGCCUGUCGGACUGGACUCCAGGGUCCUUGUGGAUCUGGUUGUUGUGGGCUCCGUCGCUGUUUCUGAACAAGGCUGGCGGAUCGGGAAGGGAGAAGGCUACGCUGACCUGGAGUACGCCAUGAUGGUGUCGAUGGGGGCCGUCUGCGAGGAGACGCCCGUGGUCACAGUCGUCCACGACGGCCAGGUGGUCGACAUCCCUGAAGCACUACUUGAGGACCAUGACCUCACCGUCGACUAUGUGCUCACACCAACGAGGGUCAUCAUGACGGGGUGCAGGCGCCCAAAGCCAAAGGGCAUCACAUGGUGUAAGAUCAGCCCUGAGAUGCUGGAGAGAAUCCCGGUGCUGAGAAGCCUUCGCCAUCGAGAGCAGCAGGCAGGGAAGGACGUCACCCUUCAUGGGGAGCAGCAGCACCUUUGGGAAGCUGGCAGCAAGCACACGGCUCCCCCAAGUGCUGUCCAGAGGCCCCAGGAUGCCCCCCAGCCCGUGGAGGGCUCUGUGCCAGCAGCCUGCAGCAGCCUGCACAGGGAGGGCUUGCCUCCUAAUGCCGCGGCCCUGCCUGCAGCCACCAUCCAUGUGAGCAACCUCCCCGCAGGCGCCCGAGUGAGUGAACUGAAAAGAGCCCUCCGGGAGCGUGGUGCAACACCCCUGCAUCUCACCUGGCAGGGCCCGCGACGCCCGGCACUUCUUGCCUUCAGGGACCUGGCCGCAGCAGAGCAGGCCAUCACCUGCCUGCAGGGCCUGCGCCUGGGGGCCAGCACCCUGCAGGUCGAGUUGGUGAGGCAGCUGAGGGACAAGUGAGCUGGUGGCCAGCAGCAUCCUCAGGCAGAGCCAGGCUGGAGGGGGCGCCCUCAUCCUCGCUGGCCGCUCUGACAGCCUGCCGCGUGGGGCUCAUACAGACCUUCUGCAUCACAGACCGCGGCUGGUUCUAAGUCCUAGUUCUUUCUAGGAAGUUACAGGCCUCCCACGAGUGCCCAGCAGCCCCCUAAUGGACAGGGGACAUGAGUGAAUGAUGUACCUCGGUAUUCAGGAGGCUGAAAACUAAUUCAGGUGCCAGCUUAUCUCCGUCUUUUCGCCUGCAUUGAUGUUUUAGGCUGAUUUUCCAGAGGGUUCAGACUGCACGAGCAGUGGACGGGGAGGAAGGAUGACAGUGAUUAAGGAGCGUCCGUGUUCUGAAUUUGGGGGAGUGGGAGAUCAGAGGCGGAAGAUAGCCAAUCCCCUGAGAUCCUGCCUCUGGGGAGCCCAGGCAGGGCCCUGGUGGAGGGCAGAGGGUGGGCAAGACUGGAGAACUAGCUCGGGGCUGUCAGGUCCUCAGCUGGGUAUUACUGGACCAGCGGAGCUGUACUGGCAGCGAAGAAGUCCAAGUGGUGCAGCUCCAGUUGAGAAGGACUCGUUCCCACAGGCACAGCGUCGCACGGUACGGGGCUGCGCAUUCAGGGGCCUGCAUGUGAGUGGAGCUGGCCUGGUGCCCCCAGUGCCGCCCCCUCACCCCUGCCUCCGUGGGGAGCCCUGCCCAGCGCAGCAGGAAGCUUUGUCUAGUGGGGAGACGCUGGCUUUGAAAAGUAGGUUGUGUCCCCUUCCCAGCCCAUGUCACAGACACACACCCACAUCUGCCCAGCACCCAGGUCUCUGGUAUUCUCUCCCUCCAGGUCUCUGUUCCUGAGGAACAAGCUGGAGCAUGGCCGACCUGCACUUCUGAACAGAGGUGCUUUUGCAGUUGAUCCUGGGCAAAAAGUCAAAAUAAGCAUUUAAGUGGAGAUUUUUUUUUUCAAAUGCAUAUGGGUUGGACAUUUUUAUGUUUUAGCCAGAGGGUCUUACCAAGGGUAUUUUCAGCAUGUUAUUAUGCCUCGAGAGGACUGGCCUGGCACAUACUUUACAGAACACGUCGUCUCCCUCUUCCCUUGAAAAGGCAUUUUCUCACUGCUGUUCCCGUGGAGACUGCGGAGAGAAAAUCUAUACUCUUAUGAUGGUUUUGCUCUGAAUGCAGGUUUCUUUCCCAAGUUGUCAUGAAUGAAACGAGGGGUGGAGAGAUCUUAAAGUGCCUCAGGGCCAGGCCCAAGGGCUCCGCUCGCUGCCUCCUUUGCCCAGAACGGCCGCCCUCCGGCCAGCUGGUUUCUCUGUCCGGUUGAUGUCACAGGCCACCUCUGACCACCCAGCCAGAGUAGCUGCUGGUCGCUCCAACCUCACCCUGCCUUAUUUUCUCAGACUACUUCCUCCACGUGAAACACUUUUGUUUAUUGUUUGUUUACACUUUUAUUGUUUCUUUGCCACAGUUAGAAUAGUGGCUUCAGGAGGACGGGAAACAGGCUGCAGCCAGUUGGAUCACUGGAGGGGGUGGGGGGUGCAGACCACACUGGGUGACACUGCAGAGAUGGUCACACCAAAAUGACUAUAAAAUUUUUGUGCAAAAAUUUAUUUUUUAUAAAUAUAUCCCUGUAGUCAGCUGUAACAACAGAAGCAUUUUUCAUAAGCCCGGAUUACAUGUAGCAAUAUACGUACAAGGCUAAAACUCCACGCUGAUUUACUUUUUGAAGCUUACACGCUCUGGUCAGAGCUGUCAUUAUUACCCAGUUACAAUGACACUUCGAAUCACAUGGUUUUGUC